UUGUGCAUUAACUGUUUUCAGUUUUCUGAUCUCAUAUCCCUAAACUGUUUUUGACACAUAAAAAACCUCUUUAAUCCUCGUCCCCUCUAUUUGACACUUCGAUAGCUGUCGGAAUAGCUCCCUAAAUAAGAUCUGCUCGGCUUAAAUCUGCACUCACUAUCCCCACCGCCAUUGGAUGUUAGAUUCGUCCGAUACGGUCUAACUCAGAGAAGGAACAUUAUCUUGAAUACAUGGGGACUGAAAACCCCAAUCGUCCCAAUUUUCCAUUAAGACAUGCUUCCACACCUUUUUCAGCUCCACCGAGUUCCAUACCUUUUCAAGCAUCUAGUAUUCAGCCUCCCCCACCCCCGCCAUACUCACCUGUCCCUGUAGAUGGCUCCGAAUCUUCUGGCUUCAGACCUAUGUCACCAGGGGUUCCUAGCAGUCCAUCACAGCGACCUCCAUUUUCAGCAUUGUAUGGCCCAUCAGCUACAACCUCUUUCCAGCGUUAUCCAACUCCACAGUUUUCUUCAACUCCUCAGUUUCCUCCUUCUCAUACUUCAUUUGUUGGUCAGCCAUCUUUCCAAUCACCACCUCUGUCCAAUGUGGGUCCCUCACAGAGCAUGAGCACUUUACAGCCGAGUGCUCCUAUGAAUAGCUUUCGGCAAUCCGCACCCCCUACAGUAUCAUCAUAUUCUAUUUCCAGACCCACAUUGCAACCGGGUUUUCCAGGAUAUCCCAGUCAGCAACCCACUGCCGUUGCACAACACCCGAUUGGGCAAUCCGCACCAUUUUCUUCCCAACAAGGAGGAUAUACUCCACAUCCUGCUGCUGGACCUCCUAUACCUCAAAUGCAUGGAUUGGUAGAGGACUUCAAUUCACUUUCUAUUGGGUCUGUUCCAGGAUCUUAUGACACAGGAGUUGAUGCUAAACUUUUACCAAGGCCACUUGAAGUUGAAGAUGAUAUGCAUCAAAGUCCCUUGUCUGAAAUGUUCCCUAUGAACUGCAGUUCUAGGUAUCUGCGGCUAACAACCAGUGGCAUCCCGACUUCACAGUCUUUAGCUUCAAGAUGGUAUUUGUCUCUUGGAGCUGUUGUUUGCCCUCUUGCUGAGGCUCCUGAUGGGGAAGAAGUUCCAGUGAUCAAUUUUGCCACAACUGGUAUUAUACGUUGUAGAAGGUGUCGCACCUAUGUGAACCCAUAUGUGACAUUUACAGAUAACGGAAGAAAAUGGAAGUGCAACAUGUGCCAAUUGCACAAUGAUGUUCCCGGUGACUAUUUUGCGCAUUUAGAUGCCAGAGGCAGAAGGGUCGAUUUUGAUCAGCGGCCUGAGCUCAGCAAAGGUAGUGUGGAAUUUAUUGCCCCAGCUGAAUAUAUGGUCCGACCUCCAAUGCCACCGUUGUAUUUUUUCCUCAUUGAUGUAUCAAUAUCUGCUGUAAAAAGCGGAAUGCUUCAGGUUAUAGCAAACACCAUCAAAAGUUGUUUGGAUAGAUUGCCUGGAUAUCCAAGAACACAAAUUGGGUUCAUAACAUAUGACACCACCAUACAUUUUUACAAUAUGAAGUCAUCUUUGACACAACCUCAGAUGAUGGUUGUGUCAGAUCUCGAAGACACUUUUGUUCCAUUGCCAGAUGAUCUUCUUGUCAACUUGUCAGAAUCUAGGGCUGUAGUAGAUGCAUUUCUCGAUUGCUUGCCUUCAAUGUUCGAAGAGAAUGUAAAUGUGGAAUCAGCUUUUGGUCCUGCACUUAAAGCUGCAUUUAUGAUUAUGAACCAACUUGGUGGUAAACUGUUGAUCUUUCAGAACACGCUUCCAUCACUGGGCAUUGGCCGCUUGAUGCUGCGUGGAGACGAUCCUCGCCUGUAUGGAACUGAUAAAGAACAUACGCUGAGAAUACCAGAAGACCCUUUUUAUAAGCAGAUGGCUGCUGAUUUCACCAAGUAUCAAAUUGCUGUAAAUGUAUAUACAUUUAGUGACAAGUAUACAGAUUUAGCAACAUUGGGGACCUUGGCAAAGUAUACUGGUGGUCAGGUAUAUCACUAUCCAAGUUUCCAUGCUUCAAUUCAUAAAGAUAAGUUGAGCUAUGAGUUGGCAAGAGAUUUGACAAGAGAGACUGCCUGGGAGUCUGUCAUGCGAAUACGGUGUGGAAAAGGCAUUCGGUUUACCACCUAUCAUGGUAAUUUUAUGCUGCGAUCCACUGAUCUAGUAGCGCUUCCAGCUGUUGAUUGUGAUAAGGCUUAUGCAAUGCAGCUAUCGCUCGAAGAAACGCUGCUAACUACCCAGACAGUUUAUUUCCAAGUUGCUCUGCUAUACACAUCAUCAUCUGGAGAAAGGCGAAUCAGGGUACACACAGCUGCAGCACCCGUGGUUGCAGAAUUAGGAGAAAUGUAUCGUCUUGCUGAUACCGGUGCUAUUGUUUCCUUGUUCAGUAGGCUAGCUAUUGAGAAGACCCUUUCCUCUAAACUGGAAGAGUCAAGGAGUUCAGUUCACCUUAGAAUUGUUAAAGCCCUAAGAGAAUAUCGCAAUCUGUAUGCUGUUCAACAUCGCUUAGGGGGGAGAAUGAUAUAUCCAGAAUCAUUGAAAUUGUUGCCUUUGUAUGGGCUUGCUCUGUCCAAGUCAACGCCACUACGGGGUGGUUAUUCCGAUGUUCAACUUGAUGAGCGAUGUGCAGCAGCAUUCACUAUGAUGGCAUUGCCUGUUAAAAAGUUGUUGAAACUUUUGUAUCCUACUUUGACUCGUAUAGAUGAGUAUCUUCUGAAAACAUCAGCUUCUGUUGAGGAUUACAGGAACAUGUUGAGAAGGCUGCCACUCACCAUAGCUAGUUUAGAAGACAGUGGACUCUACAUCUAUGAUGAUGGCUUUCAGUUUGUUGUAUGGUUUGGUAGAAUGCUCUCACCUGAUAUCAUCAAAGCUUUACUUGGUAAUGACUCCGCUGCAGACUUGUCAAAGGUUUGCAUUUGUGAGCAAGAUAAUGAAAUUUCAAGAAAAUUAACUGGCUUGCUUAGCAAGUAUCGGCGAAGUGACCCGUCAUAUUACCAGAUAUCUCACCUUGUGAGGCAAGGUGAACAGCCCAGAGAAGGAUUCUAUCUACUCAAACAUUUAGUUGAGGACCAGAUGGGUGGUUCAAAUGGCUACAUGGAUUGGAUUAUUCAAUUACACCGCCAAGUUCAGCACAGUGCAUAAAAUGCAGCCACUUUUCCUAGUCUUCCAAUCGGCAGUCGUCACAGAUUUUUGCGUUUUAUCCAGUUUGGGUUCCAGAUUUCCAAUGAUGGUUGGAUUUUAUGUAAAAGAAGUAAAACUUGGGAGUCACUUGAGGAAUUUCCCUUCUUGUCCAUCUAUCUUUUGACAACGCACUCGGGAUCAAGCACGGAGUUCUGCAUUGUUGAUGGAAGGAACAUGACAGGAUCAGUGAAUCACAUGCAUUUAACUCUUGUAGUUGGGACAGGAGGAAAGUGGCAAAGGAAUGUCCAUGAGAGCGUAUAUAAAUGAACAUUACUGCCUUACAGCAAAGUCUUCGUUAGUGUUCGUUACAAACUCAUUCUCAUUUUUGUUCACUUUUUUAGAGUAUGUAUGUCAAUGCCUCCAAAACGCAAUUUUUGGUCAUUCAGUUUCAGUCAUACACAUAUACUAUUGGCACCUCAUAUCAUCUUAAGCAUUGUACAAUAUAUGUAUACUUUCUCUUCCCUAAUGACCAUUAGAAAUUUACAACAGGUGAGAAAUGUGUUGGAUUUCUUUCCUAUAGUAGUAGUAGUUGGGAAUUUGGAUUUGUAAGCUCGGUGCAAUUAAAUUCAUACAAUAUUUUACACUGGAUGUCGCAUAUCGCCCCCAGCUUCAGUGUUACAUUGCUGCAUUUAGUGUUCCAACUUCAAUUCAUUGACAAUCUUGACAUUGCUCGCCGAUAUAGUAAUAAUAUUCUUGUGUAAUAUAUAUUGCAUAGAAUAUCAUGAUUUAUAAUACAUAAAACUCUUGUGUUUCCU